AUGAAAGGUCUCACACAGUUGAGAAGCCGUAUUCCUGUCCUGAGUGUGGGAAAUGUUUUUCAGGGAAGUCCCAUCUUUAUAAACAUCAGAGAACUCAUACAGGGGGGAAAAGCCGUAUUCCUGUCCUGA